UCAUUUUCGUAUAUAAAAUCAUUAUAAGAAAUACAGAUCGAAAUCGAAUCUCCUGAUUACAUUUUUAUCAUACAAUAACAUAAUGAACAGUUCAUUUUAUUAAAGAUAAAAGAAGCGUGUGUUGUCGCCAUUUUCUUUUCACCUUUUUCUGUAACCUCUCCCUCUCUCUCUCUCUCAACCAUUUCAUUUUGUACUGUCUCUCUCUGAUCAUAUCAUGGCUUCUUCUGAAUCCACUGAAGUGAAAUUUGUGCCAGAAGAAGAUAAUUUCUUGCAGAGACAUGUCGCCUUCUUCGACAGGAACAAAGAUGGCAUCGUUUAUCCCUCGGAGACUUAUCAAGGGUUUAGAGCAAUAGGAUGUGGAUAUCUCUUGUCUGCAUUCGCUUCUUUGUUCAUCAACAUGGGUCUUAGCAGCAAAACUCGACCGGGAAAAGGUUUCUCACUCUCUUUUCCUAUAGAGGUUAAGAAUAUCCACCUUGCCAAACAUGGCAGCGAUUCAGGCGUUUACGACAAGGAUGGAAGGUUUGUGGAAUCGAAGUUCGAGGAGAUAUUCGCGAAGCAUUCACAUACACAUCCCGAUGCUUUGACGGGCAAAGAACUCCAAGAACUCCUCGACUCAAACAAAGAAGCUAAUGAUCGUAAAGGAGCGAUUGCUGCUUAUACGGAGUGGAAAAUCUUGCAUUAUCUAUGCAAAGACAAGAACGGUUUGUUGCACAAAGAUACAGUGAGAGCUGUCUACGAUGGUUCUCUUUUCGAGAAACUCGAGAAACAAACAGCUUCUAAGAAACAUCCAUGAAACGCACCAUUUUUAAAAAAAACUCUUGUAUGCUUGUGAAUCUGUUUAUUUAUAGAACAUUUUAUCAGUGAACAAUGGGGUGAAGAUUGCAAUGUGUUUGAUUCUCUUAAAAUUUAUAGUUUUUGUGUGUAUUUUGAUUGAUUGUGUACGUACUUAAAUCUUAUUCCAAUAAAUGGUUAUAUACGUCAAA